GAGCACUCCCUGGCCUCCCUAAUAUCUGUUCCAGCAGCAACCUUAAAUGUAUCCAUGAAGUCUUCCAUCUUGAUAUUGGACAGGCUCACUCCUGCUUAGCAGUAUGAGACAACCAUGCAAGAGAUGCAGAGUGAUAUGGCUGCUAGUCAGUGAAAUAAUGGUGUCUGAAGAGGUAGGCAUACUGUGAAUGUAUGUAGGACGCCAAAUAAGAAAAUACUUUUAAUAUAUAUAUAUAUAUAUAUUAUAAUAGGCCUACACUGUAUAUAUUUAAAUACAUAUAGCCUACACAAUUCACUACAUGGUGCUGCGGCAUCGCAUAAGUAGAUUGAAAAAGUUCCGGGUGAAAAGGUACUCGAUGUUCUGGCGGCUGUACGUAUCAUCAGUUAUUUCAGGUGGGCAUGCCGCUGGUACUGCCAACCAUCCUGAGCCCGCUGAGUGAGAGUGCCAGCGCGCAGAUGCGCCAGUCGUCGGGAAUAACCAAGGGUCACGUGACUUCCUGCAGCGAGAGUCUGCUGCUGCAUUUUCUUGUCUUGAGCGCUCCGUGUACGGUGUGGAAAUACCGUCAUGAGCAGAACCAUAGCGGCAUGAAGCUGCAUUGGCGAAACCGUUCUUCAACCCGUGAACAGUAACCGGUAUCCGUAGACCAGCUGAUUAACUCGCGUUCGAGCGGGGGGUUUAGAUCCAGCGCGCGCCAGAGGGAGAAGUUUGCUCACUGUGACGGGUGGAGGUGAACGGGACACCAGCAGCGAGCAUGGCGGAGAGAAGUGCCAGGUUGAGCUUCCCAGGGAGCGGGGCGCUCAACAGACCGGUGCCAAUGAACCUGUUCGCCACCUGGGAGAUAGACGGCUCCUCACCCAACUGCAUCCCCAGGUUGUGUAGUCUGACUCUGAAGAAGCUGGUUGUGAUGAAAGAACUUGAUAAGGAGUUGAUUUCUGUUGUCAUUGCGGUUAAGAUUCAGGGCUCCAAGCGAAUCCUGCGUUCUCAUGAGAUAGUGCUUCCCCCUGCUGGUGGGGUGGAGACUGAUCUUGCUCUCACGUUCUCACUGCAGUACCCUCAUUUUCUGAAGAGAGAGGGAAAUAAGUUGCAAAUCCUGCUUCAGAGGAGGAAGAGGUACAAAAACCGAACGAUUCUGGGUUACAAGACAUUGGCAGCUGGUUCAAUAGACAUGGCUGAGGUGAUGCAGCAUCCUGAAGAGGGUGGGCAGGUUUUGGCUCUGUGCAGUAAUCAGAAAGAGCUUCUGGGUAAAGUUGCAGAGAUUUGGAUCUAUUCACUGUCCAGUCAGCCAAUAGACCACGAGGAAGCGGCAAUUUUGGGACAGAAAAUCAAAUGUUCAGAUAAUUACUCAGAGGAAGAGUAUGAAAGCUUCUCAUCGGAGCAGGAGGCCAGUGAUGAUGCAGCACAUGGACAGGAUCUUGAGGACGAUGAGUAUGAAUUGAGGAAACCAAAAAAGCAGAGGAGGUCUAUAGUCCGAACAGCAUCCAUCACCAGGCAGCAGAACUUUAAGCAGCGUGUGGUGGCAUUGCUCAAACGCUUUAGAGUUUCUGAUGAGGUGUUGGACUCAGAGCAGGACCCAGCCGAGCCACCUCCAGAGGUGGAGGAAGAUCUGGAUCUGGAGAGUUUGGAGUUUGAGAAUCCGAGUGACAGUGGACCAGAUCUAGAUGAUGAUGAAAGUGUUCUUAGCACCCCAAAACCCAAACUCAAGCCAUAUUUCGAAGGAAUUUCUCUCUCUAGUUCUCAAACAGAGAUUGGCAGCAUUCACAGCAUCCGCAGUCACAGAGAGCCACCCAGUCCAAUAGAUCCUGAUAAAAUGAGAGCUGUAGGUGGGAAGUUUCAGAUGGAUAAUGAAUCGGAUAAUGUUUCACUGGGUCAACCUGAGGUCGUUACCCCUACCACAGAGUUGGAGAUGAUGGACAACAUGGACUCUUUCAUGGAGAGACUGCCUCCUUUAGGCAGGAUGACCAAAACGGAGUCACUUAUCAUUCCGUCUAACCGGGUGGAGCCGAAGUUGGCAGGGCGACGGGGGCGGAGCACAUCUCUUAAGGAGAGGCAGCCCAGUCGACCGCCCAAUGAGAGAGCCAACAGUCUGGACAAUGAGCGCUCACUUGACACACGCUGCCACCUACAGAUUCCACGCAAAACUGUUUACGACCAGCUGAACUACAUCCUGGUGUCAGACAACCAUCUGCCCGACAGCAUCAUCCUUAUUAACACCUCUGACUGGCAGGGCCAGUAUGUAUCUGAGGUGUUACAGAAUCACGAUCUUCCUGUUGUGUGUACGUGCACCAUGGCUGACAUUCAGGCUGCAUUCAACACCAUCAUCUCUCGCAUACAAAGAUUUUGUAACAGUAACUCGGUCACUCCAUCUCCAGUUCGAAUCGGUGUGGCAGGACCUCAACAUUACCUGUCUGCUGUUUUGCGUUUGUUUGUGGAUCACCUGACACAUAAAACCCCCGACUGGCUCGGAUACCUGCGAUUCCUUAUCAUCCCUCUUGGUGUUCAUCCAGUGGCUAAAUAUCUGGCUAGUAUAGACUACAGAUAUAACAGUCUGUUCCUGGACUCUGCAUGGAGAGAUCUUUUCCACAAAACUGAAGCACCAACCUCAGUUCAGGAUAUUCCAGAUGUCGUUUCCAGGGUAACACAGUACAUGUUGAGUGCAAAUGGAGCUCAUCAGUUGCCCAUAGCAGAAGCCAUGCUUACUUACAAGCAGAAGAGGAAAAAGAGCUUUCAUUUUGAUUUUGCAGUAAGUCCUGAUGAAGACUCAUGUCAGAAGUUCAUCCCUUUUAUCGGGGUGGUGAAAGUGGGGAUUGUUGAACAAACUUCUGCCACUUCUGGUGAUUCAGACGAUGCUGCUCCUGUGGGCUCUGCUCUUCUCUCCUCUACACCUCCUUCACAGAUCUCCCCAUUACUGAAAGACGCAUCUCCAACACCUCCCUCUUCUCCCUCUGUACACUUGAUCAGUUCUCCUGGCAUGGGACAGGGGGAGCUGAUGGGUCUUCAGGUUGAUUACUGGAUUGCUCCAACAGAAAGAAAGAAGGAAGUGGAGAAGAGAGACCCCUCUGCCAAAACCACUCUCAAGUGCACCUUCCGCUCACUGCAGGUUAGCCGCCUCCCACUGGGAGGGGCGGAGGCGACUCAUCAGCCAAUCAUGUCCAUGACUUUUGUCACCAAAGAAAAGAAUAAGAAGGUGAUUUUUCUGCCUAAAAAGACUAAGGAUAAGGAGGCAGAGUCUAAGAGUCAGGUGAUAGAGGGCAUAAGUCGACUCAUUUGCACAGACAAACACCAGCAGACCAUGCUUAAAGUGUUGAUAGAUGGAGUAGAAUGGAAUGACGUGAAGUUUUUCCAGCUCGCAGCUCAGUGGUCAUCUCACGUGAAACAUUUUCCCCUUGCCGUUUUCGGACCCUCCAAAGGGCCUUACUGACAUACAGCCACACAUCUUCACUUCUUUGUGCUAUGGCUGCCUUUACACCCUGAUAUGUUAUAUUUAUUGUAAAUAUCUGCUUUCUCAUGGUUUGCGUCAGCUUUUUAAAAUUACGUUGACAUUGAUUUUUCUUUUGUGAAAGACUUGAUGCAGUUUUGGCAACAGGGCAUAUAUUUGAACUUUUAAAACCAUCCAGUGUUUAUAGAGAAACGAAGAUGUGAGGAGGAGAGCGUGCACUGCCGGUGUGGAAUCAGUGGGAGAGUGAGAUAAAGGGGAGACGGAGGCGCCAGUUUGAGAAAGAGAGACGCACGCGGCCGCGUUACAUGGGUGUGUGCGUUUAUGUUUGUUGAGUUUCUUAUUACAUUUAUUUUACUGUUCAGCUGGUUCCUGCCUCCUCCUUGCCCGUCCUUUAUCUGUUACAGUCCUUGGCCGUAUUUUCGAACAGAUCGAGGUAGGCCUCCGGAUCGUCAGCAUGGCUCAUUUUAAUGAGUGACUGGUGAGAUGUUUGGUGUGGGCUCUGGGGUCACAGCUGCAGCCUCCUCGUGUGUGCCAGUCUUCUGCAGCUCGACGAAUUCCAUGGAUGCUGGCGAGGGUCUGGAUCACUUCAGCCAGUGGUGAAGACUCCAUGACGAUGCAACUCCUUCCACGGGCUCCUGGGUUUCGGCACUAGUGUAACUGUUCAAGGACAGGCAAGGAGGAGGCGGGAACUGGCUGAACAGUAAACAUAAAGUAGAAACAUAAUAAGAAACUCAACUACAAACAUAAACAAACACAGACACACAUGCAACGCGGCCACGUGCCUCUCUUUCUCUCUCAAAUUGGCGCCUCCGGCUCUCCUUUAUCUCGCUGAUCAGCUGAUUCAGUGCCGACUGUUCAUCAUGGCCUGGCCACACUCUCCUCCUCGUCACAUUAGGCUAAUUAAUUGAUUAACUUGUGACUUUUUGGGUUGUUUGUGUCAUUCUGCAAAGCUUUCUCAACACAUCCCAGCAUCAUUUUAACAGCCGGCGCACUCAUGACAGAGCUAACCAGCAAGAGGAGAAUGGUGUGUUCUUGAUCUGGAUUAAAUAUUUGGUCUCGUGAAGUUCCUAUUUCAGAAUGUACAGCUCCUGGAAACAGUUGAAGGAAAUCAUUAUCUUAAUCAGUAUUUUUGUCUUGUUUUCUGAUAAAAAAUAUUGAAAUAUCCUAAGAUAAAUUUACAUGAAGCAAAAUUGUGUAAGAUAUUAAGACUUGUUGUCAGAGAAUAUAUAUAUAUAAUUUUUAAUUGAAGUUUGUUUUAUGUUACCCCAUUGACAAAUUAUGUUUUGUUCUUGUUUUAAGGAUAAAAGUCUCAAUGUUGUUAGAUUUAUGCAUAAAACAUGAAUAAAAUAUUUGCCAAUGGAAUCAGAAAAAUAAACCUAUUUUAAAAUAAGUUCUCUUGCAAGUUGUAUGCAAUUUUGCUCAAGUAAAUGUAUCUUUUUUUAAAGGAUAUUUAUAUAUUCCACAAGAAAAAAGAAAACUAAGAAUAUUUGCUGAUUAAAACAAUUAUUUUGCAGUGUAAAAACCUGAUGUUCUGAUCUCUUUCGUCCUUUCUCGCUGUAUAACCUCAGCAAGCUUAGACAGUCUCUUAAAGUUUUUUUUUUUGCUGCACACUCUGCCUUUUUAUAUGUGGCUUACUUUUUUCUGUAGGUGUGUGUAUGUAUUUGCUGAUGGUACUGAAUGCUAAAGCACUUUUAAAACAUUACUAGAUUGAUUUUGUUAUAAUUCUUCCUGUGGCGCACAGUGCUGUUCACUCCAGCUUAAAACGGCAGCAAAGCAGGAACUGACAGAAACUGGAUUAAGUAUCUGUGACUGUCUACAUUAGACUGACCACUGUCACACUGUGUGCUGCACUGUUUUGUGUAACCAUUUAUUAGAAUGAAACGUAUGGUUUAUUUUGUUUGUUGGCUUGUUUGGGGAUGUUAGUUAUUCUAUGUUUUCCCCAGAUGCCGUAUUUGAUUUUAGAAUUUUGUGCUUAAAACUUGAUCUACUGGAGACCAGGAGAAUCUUUAGAAAAGUGAGUCUCACAAAACAUGUCAAGAACAUCUCCAGGUCAUAUUUCACCCCAAAAAUCAAAAGGAACAAAUAAGAGAUUAUAUUUUCAUUAAAUAAAAUGAAACCCAUUUUUAGGACUAUUAAGAUUGUAUGCAUUGACAUUAUUUUAAUGACAGUUCAGUACAUUUCCCACAAUUCUCAUUCUCUUUACUGUAAUGAAAAAUAUAUAUUUAAAUUUGGUUUUAUAUAUAUAUAUAUAUAUAUAUGUAGUAUGUCAUAGUAGUAUGUGAUGCCUUUAAUUGAUUCUGGUUUAAAAACAUUUUUUAAAUUUGAGUGGAUUUUUUUUAUUGCAAUUCUUUACUGUAACUCAUAAUAAUGGGAAUUAUAAAACUCAAAAGCAUUAUGGUGUUAAGAAUUUGGAAAGGGAAAUUGUUAUAAAAAUAAUGCCACAAUGCAAACAAAUCUUAAAGAAAUAGUUCACCCAAAAAUUACAAUUUAAUUUCAACAUUUAAUCUCGUCAUCCCAGAUAUGUAUGACUUUCUUGUUCUGAAGACAAACAAAUAUUUUUAGAAGAAUAUCUCAGCUCUGUAGGUCCUCACAAAGCAAGUGAAUGGGUACCAACAUUUUGAAGCUCCAAAAAACAACAAAGACAGCAUAAAUGUAAUCCAUAUGACUCCAGUUGUUAAAUCUAUAUCUUCAGAAAUGAUGUGAUAGAUGUGGGUGAGAAACAGAUCAAUAGUCAUUUUUUAUUAUAAAUUCUACUCCCUGCCCAAUAGGUGGCAAUAUACAUGAAGAAUGUGAAUCACCAAAAACAAAAGAAGUGGAGAUUGCUAGUAAAAAGGACUUAACUAUUCAUCUGUUUCCCACCCACACUUAUCAAAUCUCUUCUGAAGACUUGGAUUUUACCACUUGAGUCUUAUAAAUUACUUUUAUGCUGCCUUUAUGUAUUUUUUGGAGCGUCUAAGUUUUGGUCAGCAUUCACUUGCAUUUUGAGAACCUACAGAGCUGAAAUAUUCUUCUAAAAAUCUUCAUUUGUGUUCAGCAGAAGAAAGAAAGUCAUACACAUCCAGGAUGGCAUGAGGGUGAGUAAAUGAUGAGAGAAUUUUUGUAUUUGUGUGAACAAUUUCUUUAAUGGCCAAAUAGGCUUAGUUUUCUUUACCAUAAAUAUAAUUUCUUUAUAUUUUCUAUUUGAAAAUAUAAUAAGGCAUUUUUAUUUUUUGGUGAGAUGCACUUUGAAACACUAACAGGAAGCCACAUUAAUCGCUCACUAAAUGUAGCAAGAAUUACGAUGUUUCACAGCUUGUGUGCAUAUGCCUGCCUUUAGGCGACAUGGACACAUGUAGAUGCUAUUGUUUCAGUGUUAUAAAGUUUUAUAGAGGCUCUGAACAUUCUGUCAGUCUCUGAUUCACAGGAUUGUGAGAUUGUGUAGUCCACAUUACGCAUAUAAAGCAUUUUUAAACUCUUUAUUUGUCCUUCACUAUCUCCUUAGUGAAAAUAUGUCAAAACAAACAAAUCCAGCCUAUGAGGAAACCGUCCAAUAAUUCAACAAUUGUUGUGAUUAAUAGCGGUAAAUGGCAAAUUUGUGUAAUGAUAUCAUUAUUGUUCUAUAUCUGGUCAACAGAGGUUGAAUGGAAAUAUCUCAUGCUUGUCCAGAGUGUGGAAGAUUUAUAACUUCUCAAACACUGUGCAUAAAGCUUAUGAGCUAUUUUAAGCUUAUUUAAAGCUUAAAGUUUAAAGAUUAUGUCAGCUAAUACAGCAGUUAAAGCUGUACUAAAGAACUGUCUGUUUGCUGUUUAAAUUGAUACCUGCCACUAGUAUUAGUUUUUUUUAAUUAUUAAAAAUAAUAUUAAAAAUAGUUUAGCUUUUUAAUUUAAUGUUCUGCUUCAAAAUAAAUUCAUAUUUGUAAGAAAAACUGUUGAAGAAAUAUUACUACUGCAUUCCUUUACUGGAAUUUAAUAA